GUUCACAGUCACAGAGCUCCUGCGGGACACAGCCGUGGAUGUUAGUGUUGAGACUGGUCACAUUCAACCUAUUAUUGGACAGGCCGUAUCCAUGGGAUUCGGGUACCACCAAAUGCGUCAAAGAAUGCUUAAGAUGAUGGAUGACGCUGCUGCGAAGGCUGUCAUGGUGCAUCAGGGUUUGAUUAUCCCGCAUGUCAUGCAUUCGCUCAAGUAUGCCGGUAGUGCAGUGAUGGAGCAAGGGGGAAUUUGCAGGAUAAGCCCAAUCAGCGGACGCUGUGAUCGAUGCGAACGAGCUUUUGACUGGAAUGAAUGCAUCUGGCUGUUUAGGGGCGUUCCGGAGAUAGUAUUUGGAGCAGUUACAUAUUGUGAAAGUUGCCAACUGAAAGAAAACACAUUAGACAGCCCCACAACUGGCUGGCGCCUUACCUUUACCAAUAAGGUUGCCACUGAAGACAUGGAUCGUUGGACUUGCAUGAGUCAGGAGUGUAAAAGCGGUUCAAACGUACUAUCCUAUGAUGAUACCCAGCUUACCUGUCCAGACGGUUCCUCCCGCCGCUGCCUCCCAUGUAUUCUAUCGGAGGAAGGCCGAAAGUGCCCCCAAUGCAGCAAAUGGAUCGGGCCUGUAGACGACCACUCAUCGUUUGCUCUAUUUGUCAUGAGAUUCAGGCCCAGGAAGGUGCCUUCCUUAUUUGCGAAGGAUGUAUGGCGAACGGAGGACGUACCACCUUCUGUUCCCAGUGUCUGCACCAUGGCCACCACAAUCUGCACCUCGAUUUAUGCAGGUCUAGGAGGCCGAAUGCCGUACUCCGGGGGAUAACGGUUAGCCUUGCUCGGGAGUCGAACAAAGCAGCCUUUUACUGCUUAGCCUGUCAUAUCAGUAGGUCUCCAAGCCUCAACCGAUAGCUCCAGCAGUACCGAAUAUCACAAGCUCUGAUGAACAGGUAAAACCAGAAGCCAGUAAACCUAAGAUAACAUUAUGCAGCAUA